AUGGUCGAGCUCGAUCGAACCUCAAACCCCUUGGCCGCAUCGGUUGAAUGGAAGCCUGUGGAUCGAGGUAUCCAGGCCAUCGUCAUCGCACCAUACAUCCCCGGCUCACACACGCCUUCCUCGGGGUCGCAAGUAACCACCCAGCAUCAGACCUCGCUCUACAUUGGCGAUCGAGUGCACAUCAUCGAGGAGUACGGCUCGGACUGGUAUCGCGGCUAUGUCUUCACCACGGGCCUCUCUGCCGGUUCUAAUGGAGGAGCUGCUGCUGCUGCCUCGGCCACUGCCACUGCCACUGCCACUGCCGCCGCUGCUGCCGGGCCCAAGAUAUACGUCUUUCCAAAGAACAGAGUCUUCAUCAAGCCGAACCAACAGAGGCGCAAGACAGGAGGACUCGAGAGUGCCGCGCCGCCACUUGGACCAUCCCCUUCUGCCGUCUCCAAGCGCCGUCUCUCGGAUGUCUCGUUUGCCAACAAGGCCAUUCGACACCCUAUCCCCAGUCCCAUCCUCGCCCUUAGCGACACCACAGCCGGCACCAAGGAGCCGCUCGUCGACGAGAUCGCUGCCACGCUGCGAGAAUGGGCUAUCAUCAUGCGCCAGCGGCUCAUGGACCAGGACUAUGACACCGUCAAGGCCGUUACCGAGCACUUCCAUGCCCUCUAUCAGGGCCGUCGCGAACUUUUGUCGCGCACCCUGUCCAAAGAAGAGCACAAUCGCCUCCGCGUCCGUCUCAUCAGGAUCCUUGAGGACGGCAACAGCACCCUUGAUCUGCCUCUCGUCAUCCGCCAUCCCGAGCGCGGCUAUCUCAUCAGCGAACGGAACACCUCCAUCAUCAAAAUCUUUCGUCUCCACGUCGAACGGUCCAGCAUCGUCCCAUCCGGAAAGACCGAUCGUGAUGCCACAAUCUCCAUCGUCACUGGCGAGGGUCCACUCUCGCCCGGCUACUACGCUUCCGCAGCCGACGAGGCCACCGUUCGGCUUGCCAAUAUCCUCUUCCGUAUCAAGCGCCUGCCGCCCCUGCUCUGCGCCCCGGGCGAAUAUCUCGAGUUUAUCUUUUCCAUCUACGACCCGAAUCUGCAUGCCUCCAUGACCGACGACUGGGUCAUCUCCGCCGGCGACAAGGGCGAGCUGCUCAAGAGCUCCCCCAGCAGUGGCCUCUUUACCCACCUCCCCCAGCGUGGUCACGGUCAGCGCAUGUUCCUGGUGUGCCGCGUCCUCCGUGUCGGUAAGCUUGCCGCCGACAGAGACCAGACCUCUUGGAGCGACCGCAGCGCCUCCUUUGUCAAGAAGCCCUUCAGCCUCGCCUCCAGCGCCGGCUCUUCCCAGCAAGAGUCCCUCAGCAGCCUCGUUCAGCACUGCCGCAAGCCCUUUGGUGUCGCCGUCCUGGAUGUUUCCGAGGUGCUGAACGGGUUUCCUGUCGACUCUGAGUUCUCCAUGCGCAUCGUGCCCGUGCCCAGCGACAACGAGUUUGGGCGCUUCCACGAGUACCUCGCCGACAGCGACCCGGCUUCGGUCGAUGCGUCCUCCAAAAUCGAGCCCAUUGUCAUGCAACUCGGCCGAACCAGCGACGGCCUCGCAGGCUAUGACGACGCCCCAGCCUCGCCCGCUGGCGUGGCUCGCAUCGACCGCCGCGAGAUCGUCGACACGGCAGCCGUCCAUCGCAACACCCUGUACAUCACCCUCGACUCGGGCAACUUUGUACCCGUGGCCAAGGCCGGGCGCACCAUCCAGGUGAUUGCAUCCGUUCGGCUGCUGAACGGCGAAAUUCUUCGCGGAUGCAUCCGGUCGGGCAAAGCCGAGCUCCAGUCCCUGCUCAAGUCCAUCGUCAUCCCGAACAACUCCUCCCCGCGCUGGGGCGAGAGCUUUGGCAUUGACCUGGAGCCCAACACCUUCUACGGCGCCCACGUGCUGUUCUUUUUCCACCGCUUCACCGGCCUCGAGCGCGGCAAGGAGAGUCCCUUUGCAUUUGCCUACAUGCCGCUCUGCCGGGAGCUCAGGACCGUGGUCCCCAAUGGCGAGCAUCGCCUCCGCGUCUACCGCUACGACGAAAAGCACCUUUCCUCGACUUCCUACCUCCGCUAUCCCUUUGACGAUAGCGAAUUCACCCCGUUUCCGAUGGCGCCGGAAUCAGCCGAGAUGCCACCGCUGCUGAGUGACGCGUUCAUCAUUAAGAGCAGCCUGUGUUCCACUAGCCUGACCCAAAACAUCCAUCUUGUCAACCUCUUCAACUGGGUCAAGACCGGGGGCCACCAGCCGGGCGAGAUCGAUACGAUCCUCUCCAACCUGCGCGUUCUCAGCGAGUUCGAGGUCACGCAGUUCCUCCCCGAGAUCCUCGACGCGCUCUUCGGCAUCUUGGACUCGGAGGAGAACAGCACGGGCGGCUACGACGACGUCCUGUUCGAAACCUUUGUCGACAUCCUCAAGACGUCGAGCGACAAGCGCUUUCCCAACUUCCGCUCCCAGGUCGAUCAGUACAUCGAGACGAGCUUCAAGAGCCGGAGGGCGUGGGGUUCGUUUCUGAAAACCUUGCAGCGUAUGAUCCCCGAUCGCCACAGCGAGGAGAAGCCUGCGCUCCUGCGCUCGACCAUCCGAGUCUGGAGCUUCAUCUUCCGCUUCGCGAUUCAGUCGCACUCACUGGACCAAAAGCACCGCUCCGCGGCCUCUCCGCUCGGCAAGAGCGAGCCCAUCAUCAUGGAUGCCCGAGGCGACCUGUCGGCCCCACGACCACAGCGGCCUUCCCAGGGCGAGUUCCGGGCUCUCGUUGCGUCGAUUCUGACCGAGAUCAACAGGCUGAUGGCCCAUGACACGCCCAAGAGCAUCAUCGGCUCCCAGGCCAUUGCCCUGCAGAACUUUGCGCUGCUGGUGCCCGAGCUGCUCAAGAUCUAUCCGCCCAGCAGCGUCGCCGACAUCGUCAUCAAAUUCACCGACUCGAUCCGCAUCAACAACCCGGACUUGAACGAGAAGAAGAUCCUGUUCAUCCACCGCCUGACCCGCAGCACCUUGCUCUCGGAGCCCAUGUGUUGGGUGCCUCUGACCGAGGCCUUUGUUCGCUGGAUUCUCGAGUAUCUCAACGGCCAGUGGGGCGCCAGUGGCGCCAGCGGUGCCAGCACCACCGCCCACAGUGGUGCCGAUGCAAGCCCGCAGCCUUCCGAAAAAUACCGGCCGCAAGUCCAGGACCACUCCAACUGGACCGCUUGUCUCGAUGUCAUUGCCUGUCUCGUCGAUCGACUGCAGAAGCUGGGCGACCAGGCCGGCAAAGGCACCCGCCAGAGCGAGAUUGGCGGGGCCCUCCGCGGACCCAUCAUCGCCACCCGCGGCAUGGUGAUGGAGCCCCUCCCGCUCAUCGACAACUCCCGACGAAGUCUGUACAACAGCUCGCUCAUCCGUCUGUCGUCCCUGAUCCCGCGCCUGCUCGACACCUUUAACGACAUGUGCUCGACGAUCCCGGUCCAUCAGCGCACCCGCGACCACCACAAUCGCGAGCACAGCAGCAACCAGUUCGACAAACGGCUCCUCAUCCUGACCUACAUCGCCGCCGUCAUCCUGGCCAUCUUCCAUAUGAUGAGCGAGGAUCAGAUCUCGUCGUUCUGGGAGGAUUACCUCAAGAGCAUCGAUGCCGCCGGGGUUUCCAACACCCUCGUUAGCUUGCUCAAUGUGCUCAAGAGCCUGCUGGAGGGCAACGGCUUCCCAAACUCGUGGAUUGCCAUGCACUUCCUUGCCCACAAACUCAUGGUCAAGCUCCUGCGGCCGACCGGCAAGUUUAUGAAGAGCGAGUUUCUCCCUCGCUCCGACGCCAAGGCCGUCUCCAGCGGCACCUCGCUGAUGGGCAAGCGCUCGAGCUACAUGAGCGACAGCGGCGCCACCGCCAGCGACUCGACCGCGCAGCCGCCCGACCCCAGCCGCGACUUUAACCAGUGUCUUUGGACGGACUACUUUGAGGUCUUGCUGAGCCUGCUUAACUCGGAGUGGAUCCAUGUCGAAAAGUACGGGCCUAUCCAGUCGUGGGUCGCGUUCAAACUCGGAGCCGAUGUCCGUGGCGAGGCCGGCGAGCUGCUGAAGGAGAUGUGGAAGCUCCUCGAGGACGGCGAACGGGACCCCGUCACAAACCAAGUGCGCAGUCUCCAGCUCAACUUUAUCCCCAGCCUCGUUGGCCGGUUUCUGGAGCUGACCAUGUCGCCGCAUCCUGUCCUGCGCAAGUGUGCCAUCGAUCUGCUGUUCAGCUCGAUGGAGCGCGAGUUUGUGGCCUGCGGUAGCUUUGCUCGCGUCGAGCAGGAGUGCUUUGACCGCAUCGAGCUGCUUGCCACCAAUCUGGGCCGUGUCGACGAGCAUUACCGGCGCUUCGUUGUCGGCUCCCUCGAAGCCAAAUUUGCGAGCCGAUCACAGGACGCCAAGAACAACGCGGCCCUGGUAGAGAUGGGCAGCAAGUUCCUGGUGCUGCUCGACCGGUUCCUGGCGAUCUGCUUGGCGGUGCGCAACAUCUCCCAGAGCAACCAAGACGACGAAGACCGCUUCGCGGCACUGGUCCGGAUGAUCCGCUUCGCCAGCGCUACAGGGCGGCAGUCGAUCUACAUCAAGUACGUCCACAAGCUGGUCGAGGUCUGCGUCAAAUCCGGCAACUUUACCGAGGCGGGCCUGACCCUCAAGCUGCACGCCGAUCUGUAUUCUUGGGAGCACACCAUUGCGGCCUUCCCCGUCGAUGAGAACGUCUACGCGUUUUCGUACGGCCAGUCGAUGUUCCAGCGCAAGGAGCAACUUUACCUCGAAAUCUUGGGCUACCUGGAGAACGGCAAAGCCUGGGAGCGCGCCAUUGAGCUGUGCAAGGAGCUCGAGAUCGAAUACGAGCGGUGGGGCUACGACUAUGUCCGGGUUGCCGAAAUCGCCAAGCGCAAGGCUGUCCUGUACUUCAACAUCGCCAACGUCGAUCGGUAUUCUCCCUCGUAUUACCGCGUCGGAUUCUACGGCCAAGGCUUCGGCCCGGCUCUGCGCGGCAAGGAGUUUGUGUUCCGUGGAGGCGAGUGGGAAAAGAUAGACUCCUUCUCGGACCGGAUCCUCAGCCGGUAUCCCGGCAGCACCCCUAUCCGGACGGCCGCAGCGGUGAGCGAAGACGCGAUAAACUCGCCCGGCAAAAAGAUCCAAAUCACAGCGGUUGCGCCCGAAGAGGACCCCAACGUCUGGCUCAAGUACCAGAGCCAAGUCAGUACCCUGAACUGGGAGCCGCGCUUUGGCGAGGCUACCGACUGGAACGGCGACGUCGGUGACUUGACCAAACUGGAUGCCCUUGCUCCAGAGCUGAGCCCGGACAGCGAUGGGCUGUGGGCCAAGGCUUCUGUCAUCCGCGAGCGGUUCCCGCACGCCAUUCGCGACUACUACAAGUCCAACGAGACGCGAGUCUUUACUUUCUCGCGACCGAUUCGUCGCAAGGUCGAGGGCAGUAGCCGCAGCAAGGACGACCCUGUCAACGAAUACCUCGAGCUCUGGAUCGAAAAAACCGUGAUCGUGACCGAGGACUCGUUCCCCCAUCUAACCCGGCGCUCGGAGGUCGCCCGGACGAUCGUCCACGAGAUCUCGCCGAUCCAGAACGCCAUCAUCACGGUUCGCGAAAAGAACCGACAGCUUCUGGACUUUGAGCGGCGAUACAAGCCCAUGCUUGCUGCGCUGGCGGGUUCGGAUAUGCGCUCGGUCUCAAGCCACGGCACCGGUAUCGGCAUCGGCGUCGGUACCCGCAGCCUCGAUCGCCGCAGCACCGGUCCCAAAGACACCAUCUCAUCCGGAGGUCUAACCUCAGCCAAAAAUAUCCAGCUAUUCACGAUGGCGCUGACGGGUGCUGUGGAUGCCCCUGUGAACGGUGGCAUUCCCAUGUAUCGCACCGCCUUUCUUUCUGGCGACAAGAGCGAAGAAGCCGAGAUUCUCGAAAAGGCCAUCCUCGAGCAGGUCAAGAUUAUCCAGCGGUGCUUGAGCUUGCACGAGCAAAUCGUCCCCUCCGACAUGCGACCUCAUCACGAAACCCUAACGGCAUUCUUCGAGCGCAACUUUGCAUAUGAGACCAAGCUACUGCGCAGCAUUGAAAACGAAGAAUCCCUGCAGGAUCCGAGAGCCAUCCUGGAGAGGACCGGUACCGCCCGACUCUCACAGCACCGCGAAAUUACACACCUGUCUCUGCCCAAGACCGACAGCUUCCUCAGUCGAACAAUGAGCAUGGCAUCCUCGGCCUCGAGCGAUCGUCGUGACACAAUUCUCUACCAGCGAUUCUCUACGGCCACCUCGUCGACCAACACCUUGGCCUCCACGGGGGCUACCGUCUCGCCGCUCCUGGGAACCUCAUCCAGCGGCAGUUUUGAUGCCGGGCAAGCCAGCGGCCCUUCUGCUGCUGCUGCUGCUGCUACUGCAAAUCCGCAGUCCACUGCCAAUAGCUUGAUGCACUCUCCGAUUAUCGACAUAUCCCUGAGCGGACGCGUGUCGAAUCCGCGGCUCAACCUCGGCGAGUCUGAGCUCGUUGGUCCUGACGGUGUCCCGACCCAAGCAACACACUCUCCGCCGAUCGACGCAGCCUUUGAGCUCUUGAAGCAGUGGUAG